AUGAAUACAAGAUAAAGGUUACUCUAGAAUAUUAGUUGCAUAGCUGGGAAUGCAAGAAUCAAAUAAUAGUAGAAUCAGAGUAAUGUAAGAAUAAGGUCACAAAAGUCAAGAAAGGAGAAUGCUAGUUUCAUAGUUACAAAACUUACUUAAUAGCCUAAAACAAAUAUCAAUCUCUAUUAGACUCAAAUACAUUCACCAAUAAAAAAUAGAAGCAUGAAUUAGAAUAAAGAAAAUAAUAUUAACAAUGCUUAUGUGGCAAUAAAGAAUUCAGAUGAACUAAUUAUAAAUAGUGCAGAAUCUCAUUCACUAAAUUUAUCAUAUUCGCCUUCCUCUAAGAAGAAGCCUCAGCCUUCAUGUUUCGUAUUGCCAUCGAGAAGCAUCAAACCGAAAUUAAAAUUGACCAGAAAAACACUUGAAAUUAGAAACAUAUAUUUGGAUAAACCAAAACAAAAUAAUUUUAUUAACAUAAAAUGUACAUAAAAAAUGAUCAGAUGA